UACAUUAGAGCUUGCGAUAUUUAACUUUCAGUUUGCUACUUGCAGCAAGAUGUUUACCGUCAAACCUUUGCUUAUUCUCCUCACUCUGAACAUGCCGAAUAUUGUUUUUUCGUUAUUGAAACCUGCAAUUUAUAUAGAUAAUGGAGACGGGCAAACAGCAAUAGAUCAUUUCUUGAAUGUAGAUGAAAGAAAGGAAAUGGAGGAUGAGUUGCUGAACUUAUUCGGUCUUCCCAAAAGGCCGCACAAAUUUGGAUCUAAACCUUUAUCUGGAGCUGCCCGAAAUUAUUUACUUAACGUUUAUGAGAGUCUUAUGGAAGAGGAAAAGGACACUUCAGCUAGGAGGAAACGAAGAAACGCUGAUCUGGACAUUAGUAUGGAAGAAGAAGCGAGAAUAGAAGAAAGUGACACUAUUAUGACGUUCGAAAGUAUCAAUUACCACGAUGCGAGUUUGCAACAUUCCAAAGGCAAACAAAUUUGGUUCGAAUUUCCAAGUAUGAGCGAUGUAGUAGGACUGGAGCUGAAAAUUUUCCAAAACGGCACAGGAAAAUUUAAACAUAAAUUCUUGAUCACCAUAAGCCAACUUGUGAUGUUGGAAGACAAUAGUACACACUCGAUAAUGUUUCCCAUUUUACAGAUGAACACCACGAAUGAUUUCAACGGAUGGCUCAGCGUCAAUUUAACCAGUUAUUUGGAUAACUGGAGUGUGUAUCCAAGUCUUUACAAAGGUAUACAUUUAACUGUCUCCAAGCCAAGUACCCCCAACCGUGAAUUAAGUCCUCACCUCAUAGGACUCGUCACUUCCAGAACCAAAGAAGACAGCCACCCUUUUCUCGUGACAUUUCUAAAAAAUACCAACACCAUUCAACCACAAAGACGCUAUAAACGAAAUGCUCCCACCACCAAGAAGAAGACUUUUGCUGAUAUUUAUCGGGAACCUCCAGCAAUUAGUGCUGGCAAAUUAUGUCAGAGACACUCCUUAAUUGUCAGCUUUAAGGAACUGCAGUGGUCGGAUUGGAUCAUUGCACCUGAACAGUAUCCAGCCUACUUCUGUUCGGGUGAAUGCAGUUUUCCUCUUCAUAACCACAUGAACGCCUCCAAUCAUGCAAUUGUUCAAACUUUAAUGCACAUCAAUAAUCCAGGAAGGUUUCCAAAACCGUGCUGCGCCCCCACAAACUUACAAAACAUUUCCGUUCUCUAUUUAAUCGAUGAACGAAAUGUUGUUUUGAAAAAGUAUAAGAAAAUGGUUGUAAAAAGUUGUGGUUGUCAAUAAAUAAAUUUUUUGAACGCUAUGUGAUUGUUUUAAUUGCUUGAGAAUGUUGUGUCCGCCUGUUAAAUUUAUA